AUGAAAGGAGCAUGGAAUCUAUGGCAACAAACAUUCGUCAAGCUGAACUGCCGAACACUAUCGAGUGAACUUCAACGAGCCGCUCUAUCCAGACUUCUGCGAUAUCUCUGUGUGCCUUUUGCUGCACUGCAGGAAACAUGCAUGAAAGAUCGGCCCAUCAUCAGCAUCCAAAAUUACACCAUAUACUGUGGCGAUGCUGAUGAGAACAAAGAAGGUGGCUGCUCGAUAGCUGUGAGGAAAGAUUUCAAGAACCUGGUGGAGGGAUUUGGCUCAACGUCGUCCAGAUGCGCCUUUCUACGGGAUCGCAGAGGACGUAAGCUCUGGAUCGUAACUGCUCAGAGCACGUCGGUCAACGGUGACUGUUUGGUCGACUUGUGCGAACAGAGGGAUCUCAUCAUCGCUUCUACGUUUAAGAGGAAUCAUCGACGCCAUCAGCUCACAUGGCAGCGAUCAACCCUUUCAACGCCCGAAGAGCAGCGCAAGCGGAAAAUGAGGACUCUUAAGCUUCAGCUCGACUAUGUUCUGGCGAAGAACAUUCCUCAGUCAGACAUCCGAAAAUCUAGAGCUGUUCGGGACGUCGCGUUCGACUCUGACCACCGUCCAGUUCUCCUCAGCUUCAAGAUACGGUUCCACAAGAGAAACCGAGGAGUUCCUCUUCAACCGAAUGAAUGCAGAACAAAAUUCCGCCAACGUGUGUCUAUUCAUGUUGGAGAACGGACCACGAAGAAGCUUAGCGAUGCGGAUUCCUUCACAAAGUGCAUCCAGGACGCUGCAAGGAAAACGCUCCCGAUUCUAUUGCCACGGAAGAAGUUUGCCUUUGCAUCAUCAAACAAAAUCUACGUACAAUUCUACCGCGAUAACGAGUGGACGUCAAGAGCGAUGGAGUUUGAGAAGGCGUGGGAGGACAGGAACCCGCGGAAAGCCUAUGCUCUACUAAAACAGUAUAGCGGCAAAAUGAAAAGAUGUUCUCCUAUCCUCAACACUGCCAAUGGAGUAGCUGUCGGUGAAGCACCCCUUCCAAUUUGGAGAGAACACUUCAAGCUUUUGUUGAACCGGCUAGCACCGCCAGCUCCUGAACUUGAACACGUUCAUAUACCGACGUAUGCGGUUAACGAGGAGCCCGGGAUUGGCGCAGAAAUGCUAAAAUAUCUUCCUCCGUAUCAUCCGUUCAAUAUGGAUAGACGAAAGGAUACCUGA